AUGGAACAUUUACAAGAAGUGAUAGAAACUAAACCUAAAGAACAGAUGACUGAAGAAGAACUCGAGUUUCAUUAUUUUAAAAUGCAUGAUUAUGAUGGUGAUAAUAAAUUAGAUGGAGUUGAAAUUGGCAAAGCUUUGACACAUUUCCAUGAUGAAACAAGAACAGAAGAAGCAAAUGCCAAAGUUUUUAGUGAUGAAGAAAUUUCCAAUAUUGUGGACGAGGUUUUAAAAGAAAAUGAUGUAAAUAAUGAUGGAUAUAUUGAAUAUUUUGAAUUUAAACGUAAUCAGGAUAAACAUCGAGGGGAAAAUAAUGCAUCGGACGGUCAAGGUCACCAAUAG